AUGUUCCUCGUAAUAUUGACAUUGUUUUCCUUAGCAGGAAUCUCAUUCACAAGUUCUCUUCACAAAAGAGGCGGAGGACAUAAUGUACCUCUUAUAAACUGCCCAUCUUGUCAGCAUCACAUUUGCGACAUGAGUAAUACCAUUCAAUGUGAAGUAUGUCAAAUAAUAAUUCCACAUCAGGGACAACCUCCACAAGAUGUCAAAUGUGCUCAAAUUGGACAUUGUCACGAAGACCAUCAUCAUUUUUGUUGUAAUACUGAGGCCUGUGUUGAUUCUAUGGCACACUGCCCAGUCUGUCACGAAGGUUACUGCGACUUUGUCUAUCGUGAUACGUGUCAUAUGUGUAAAAUCGACUUACACUCUGGACAAUUACCUCAUGUUCAUUGUUUGAAACCCAAUGAACAUUGCAAUGAGAACCACAACACCCUCUGCUGCAAUGACGAGUCCUGCAUAGCGAGAGCUUUUGGGCAAUAUUAUCCAGGAACUCCUUCGACUUAUCCUACCACAGCUUCAUCAAGCAGAAACACGUCCACCACAAACCAUAUUAUUAACCAGCAGAGUAUACAAUGUAUGUAUCCUGUCCUGUAUGUAGUCAGGGCAUUUGUGAUCCUUCCAGAAGUCACCCCUUUUGCACAGGAUGCGUGUACCAUCAGGACCAGAAAACCACCACCUGUAUUAAGUUGUGAUCCUCAUGGUCAAUGCCACUAUUCGCUGUGUGACAAAUGUGACUACCACAUUAAACACAUUUCACUGCCUCCUGAACUAAAAUGUAUUCAGCAGGAUAAUUGUAUAGAUGGAGCAAACGUUCUCUGUUGCAGAACUGAACAAUGUAUCAUUGGGGCAUAUGAGCCAUAUUUUAAAACAUUUCGAUCCUCAACCACAUUGCCAACGACGGCAGGAAUCCCAGGUCAUACUGAGGUCAACAGUUCUAAUCCGAUCACAUUUAAGCACACUAGUGUAGUAACGCAGCCAUCAAUAUCCAAUGGGUCAACACCAACAUUACCUUCCCUGACUACCACCACCUCAACAAUAUCCCCCUCAGCCAGUCCAUUUUUUCCCUCGUCUAUCGGAGCGAAUACUACAGAAGCUACAACUCCACUGACCCCUAACGGAACAACAGGCUUUGUUUCUUCUGCGACAAUUGUUUCAUCUUCAACUGAUAUCCCUAGUAACUGCUCCGACAGCAUAACAAAUUGCGCCACUCUGAAAGGAUACGGUGUGUGCCAUGCGAUCCCAGAACAAAGAGACAUGUACGAUAUCGCUUUUCUGCGGUGUAGACAAACUUGUAACCUUUGCACAGAAGUAUAUAAGCCACUUGUCGACACUACAACUACUCCUCGACCAUCUAUUCACUGUCAAGUGUGUGGCGACUAUAACAAAGACAUUCCUUGUGAUACCCGGAGUAUAUACAUUGGCCCCACUGUCUCUUGUUCAGGAAACAAUAAUUACUGCAUGACGGACAUAGUACAUAGCCAUAGUAACGUGAGGGUCUUCAAAAGGUGUGUGAACGAGACUGUAUGCAGGAACCAGUGGUUGUCUCAGACAUCAGAUCAGGACCACUGUACAAACUAUGGUCACGUGCCAGUCAGUGGAGAUUACACGUGUCAUUUCUGCUGUACCUCUAACAAAUGUAAUCAGGGCUUACUGCCCGAUUCAUCUACUCUGUAUUCCAAAUCCUGACUGGUUGUU